CAAGUUUUCAUUAUCGUGCUUCUAAAUUCACCGAACAACGGUGUGACCCGUGCUUCGGAAUCCUCGGUAUUGCCUCGGAAGUGUUAAUCCGUCGUCGUCGUGGUUGUGUUCAGCUCAGAGCUGACAGAUUUUAACGCGGCUAUUUGCUUUUUGGGGCUUAAACCAGGUCGAGUGGUCCGCCACGAUCAGCACCUAUCCUAAAGCUUCCAGAAUGGGGGCGAAUUUGCAUCGCCGCCUUGUGGUGAUGUUUGAUGGCACAUGGAAUGAGAAGGAUGAUUGGACCAAUGUCGCUCGUAUGUACGAGGCUAUCGAUAAUGGCCCAGUUGAAGACGGAGUCGAGCAGAUUGUGAAAUAUUUUCCAGGUGUGGGAACGGCGUUUAUAGGGAAGAUACUUGGCGGUUCAUUCGGUUAUGGGUUGUCGGAUAUUAUCAAACAGGGUUACCUAUGGUGUUCUGAAAAUUACAGGGAUGGAGAUGAAAUUUUCGUAUUUGGUUUUAGCCGCGGGGCGUAUUCGGCCCGCAGUUUUGUGUCGAUGUUGCACGAGGUGGGCGGUGUGUUGAAGAAACCUUCAGAAGGUCAUGUCACCGAAGCCCUCGUAGAACAAGCUUACAAAUUGUAUCGCAACGACAUGAAACCCAGUCAUCCGGUGAUGAAAGCAUUUGCCAACGAGCACUGUUAUCCUGUGAGAGUGAAGAUGCUUGGUGUGUGGGAUACGGUGGGAGCUCUAGGUGUUCCUGAUUCAGCAUUUAAGAGCAACACUUGGUAUGGACCAGCCCUGAAUCUGCUUAGCUUCACCCCUUUGUCCAGGAAAAACUAUAUGUUCCACGACCAGAACCUCUCGUGCAUCGUGGAUGAAGCGUACCAUGCUCUGGCAAUUGACGAACAUCGCGAGGACUUCGCUCCAACGCUCUGGGAUGCAAUGAGAGAAGAGAACAAAGUCUUGGAGCAAUGCUGGUUUGUCGGAAGCCACUGCAAUUGCGGAGGUGGGAUAGAAGGGGACGACCUCUGGCAGUUGGCUUACGAAUGGAUGCAAGAAAAGGCCAUAUCGAAUGGUCUGCGCUACAAGUGGACUUACAAGGCCGGGGAACAGUGGCCUCAUUGGCGCACACAGACGGAGGAUUCUUUCCGAAACAUGUUAGGGGGGGCGUAUGCUUAUUGGAAGGGGAAGGAAUUUUCUCGCACCAUCGGCCAAUCUGUCGGAGAAACGCUGCACUGGUCUGUUGCGGCCAGGAUCCAGAAGAAUCCAAACUACCAACCCAAGGGGCUCAAGAUUACUGACCCGAUCACAAAUGGCAAAAAGUGGCUCAUUGAGUUGCCUUACAAGAAACCGCCAGUCAGUAAGUGUUCAUGCCAGGAGGAAGAAACCACUCCUGUAGCGCUCCACUCAGAGUCUAGCUCCGAUUCCGACAAAAAGAAUUCAUGAAUUAUGUAGGGCGAAUAUUUCGCCGCGGUAGAUCUAGUGAGAAGGUAGACUUUCCCUUGUAGUUAGUGUUGCGUAUAACGAUUUCAAUAAACUUUCAAAACGUCUGCAUGUAUCUGGUGCUCAAUCUGCAUCUAAUAUCUAAAAGCACUCUGCUAUAGGGUACACAAACUCACACUA